CGAACGACGAUAUGGUAACGUGACGACGCGGGGAAGAGCUGCUCGAAACUCCAAGAGGAGAGAGAAUGCCGUCAGUUGCUAGGGACUACUUCUACGCCGACAACUAUUACGAUUACGCCGUUCAGCCACGCAACUACACCGCUGUCUCCGCGCACCACCACUGGAACUCGCUGACUCGUCUCGUCCUGACGGUCCUGCUACGCAUCGGCUUCGUCCUCGUCCAGGUCGGCAGCGUGCCGGUCAACGACGUUAAUCUGAUCCUCGUUCAAAACACGGUCGACCUGUGCUGCGCCACCGUCAUGUACUUCCUGACGGGCUUCCUCGUCGCCUACAACGGCGACGUCGGCGGCCUGAUCGGCUCGGGCCGCUGGAUCGGCGACCCAGCGAUCGAUCGGAACGAGGCGAUCGCGGGGUGGCAGGCGGUGGCGAUCGCGUCGGCGAUCUUCACCACCGCUGUCGCGGGUAGGAUGCACCCGGCGGGAUACCUGCUGGUGGGCGUCCUCUUAUCAGGCCUGAUCCAGCCGUUGCUCAUCCACUGGGCGUGGACCGGAUGGAUGGCGGAGAACGAGCUGGGCGGAAGGACGGUAGCCUUCGAGGACCAGGCCGGCGCGGCGGUGAUUCACGUCGUCGGGGGACUCUCCGGCCUGAUCGGGUGCGUCGUUCUCGGUAGACGAGUGCUCAGGCUGAGGGACUUGGAUGACGCGAGCAUCACCCCCGGCUCCGCCGGCACCGUUUUCGCGGGUCUACUUUUCAUCUUCGCCGGGCUUCAAGACUUGUGCACGAACGUGCACGAACGCGACAGGCAGCGAAUGUUUGCACGGGACCCGUCGCACGCGUACAUCAACAAUUUGCUGGCCGCGUCCUCGUGCACAUUGAUGAUCGUGGCUCUGCACCUCGUCCUCAGCCGUGAGACCCUCAAUCACUGGACGCUAAUGAGAUGCAUUCAGGGGACGAUCGCCGGUGUGGUAACGGUGUCGGCCGCGGCGAAUGAUUACACGCCGCAAAUAGCUAUCGCACUGGGUUGCCUGGGGGGCGUCGUGUUCCACCUCGCCUCCACGUGGAUCUUUCGCAGCGCCCUGGAGGAUUAUUGCAACAUCGUAGGUGUACACCUCGUUUGCGCGACCCUCGGGAGCGUCCUGGCCCCCAUCUGCUCCGCGAGCGCCGACGAGGAUACCGUGACGGUAUUAUUGAGUUUCUCCUGGCAAUUAAUCUGCCUAGCUGCAUUACUGGCCCUGGUUGGCGCAGCAAUGCUGCUGAUCUUCGGUAUGCUCGAGUGCUGCGGUAUACUCCGUAAUGGGUCGGAAUGGCUCAAUCACGCACGGGCCAACGCCGCCGUCAAACGAGGCCCGCCAAGGUCGUUUCUGCAACGGCUCUUCUCUCUCGAUGGUGCUUGCCUCUACCUGAAGCCGGGCUUCACUUCCACGAGGCAUUAUCCAAGCGCCAAUUCUAGAUUCAUCAUGUACCAAGAAGGGGCGCAGAAGCUUGACGGAGGAGGAAGGUCUACCACCGCGAGUAAACCGGACACGGGUGUCAAAACUGAAGAUAAUGUUACGAAGAUUCAAGCGCCGGGAGCAAGAGUAAAAAAAGCGAGACAAGUACAUACUUUGGCUGGAAGUACUCCGACAUUUAUGGAUCAAGGUGGUACUGGUGAAUCGAUUGACAAGGAUCUCGUGGGAAUUGGAAGGAAACGAUUUCUUAGAAAGGAAAUAAAAUAUGCUCUAGACCCUAUCGAAGAAAUAGACGAGGAGAUUCCGAACGAAUUUCAAGUCAAAGAAAAUGGCGUUCAAUCUGGUAUCGACGAUUGCAGUGCUGGGGAUAAAAAUUCAAUCUCGACGGCAAAUUUUAACGUGUUUGGAGAUCGAAAGGACUUGAACAAAUCGAAUUAUCAGCUUCGAAGAACCAUAAAAUUGAUGAACUUACAUCAUGAAUUUGUCAAGGAAGACUUGAAGGUUGUGUUGGGACCGAAACGCCUGGAUUCUUCAUCCAGUGAUUCGUGCGACGAUGACACUGUCUUUGAAAAGACGCCAGAUUUGAAUGAAUCCACGAGAAAUGUUACAAUAGACAAUGACUCGUUCAUUUACAGCGCAAACGUACGAUAAAUAACCGUGUCUAUUGUUGCCCGGACGAGAGAUACGAUUCAAGUGCGCAGAAGAUAUUGGCGUGGAAUGACGAAAUGGCAAAGUUACCAGGGAAGCUAAAUCAAUUUCUUGGAACUGGAACAGUUGAGGAUGCUGUGCAACUUUGAAAGGGAUAAAGUUGGGCUUCUGCUCGAUUCCGUCGUUCUGAAUUAUAUUAUUCUAAAUCAUUUUAAUCUAACUGUCCUAAUUUGGCUUUGUUCCAGGAUGAGCAGAUAAUGUGACACGACGAUACAAAUGUACCUGGAAAGAACCAAGAUAAUUGUGUGUGUGUCGUACAAA